CAAGUGCCUGCGUUUGUCCGCAAUCCCAAUCCCAUCUCUCAACUCCAUUGUCUUCAAACACUCUCCCUCUCUACUACAACGAUUUCUUGAAGCUUAAGGCCCCUUGUUGUUCGUGAUUGUCUUUCGUCUUAUCGUUCUCUACAAACCAGAAAAGUCCAGAAUGAGCUCUCCGUUCGAUAUCAAUGGCGGCGCUUGCGUUGCGAUGGUCGGCAAGGAUUGUGUCGCCAUAGCCUGCGAUCUCCGUCUCGGUCUGCAAGCCUUGACCGUCUCGAAUAACUUCCCAAAGAUCUUCCCCUACGCACCGUCCGUGUACCUGGGCUUGACGGGUCUCGCAACGGACGUUCAGACGGUCAGCGACACGUUCCGAUACAAGGUCAACAUGUACAGACUACGAGAGGAGCGCAACAUUUCACCACAGACACUCGCCAAUCUGGUCUCGAGCAGUCUGUACGAGAGGAGGUUCGGACCCUGGUUCGUCAGCCCAGUGCUCGCUGGCAUCAACCACACGACCGGCAAACCGUUCAUCUGCGGCUUCGACAGUAUAGGUUGCAUUGACUUUGCCAAGGACUUCAUCGUGGCCGGAACAGCAAGUGAUCAACUUUUUGGUACUUGCGAAGGGUUGUGGGAGCCGGACUUGGAACCAGAUGACCUUUUCGAAACCAUUUCACAAGCUCUUCUGAAUGCCGUGGACCGAGACGCCCUCUCCGGUUGGGGUGCACACGUAUACAUCAUCGAGAAAGACAAGGUGACCAAACGAUUACUGAAGGGGAGACAAGACUAAUCUCGACCCAUUGAUUCAAUACUAUCAUCACUCACACACUCCCACUGACCAGGAAGAGGAAUUCUGUGUUGAAGUAGACUUCUGGAUCAACACCUCCGGCACUUAUCUCGGGAUAGACAGCAAGCUUGGCGGAUUGAUCUGUAUGUUUGGCAAAAAAGAGAGGAAAAUCCGCUGGUCACUGAAAGCAUACAAACCGGCGUCGAUCGAGGGACUAAGUUACUUCGGGCGCAGAGGCGCAAUAUGCAUUGAUGGGGGAUCAAUUCUGGGUUUCAAAAAGAGGCAAAGCUCUCUCCGACUGAUCGAACCGGGACGUCAUGAAUUCGUAGCCGACACAGUGUGGUAGGGCUAUAGCAGCGAAGAAUCACAAUCUAACAAGACCUCUCCUACGACAUGACCCAACCUAGAGCUGAGCUCUCUUUUGCGUGUGUUUUUUCC